AUGGUCAAGCCGCUCACAUUCAAAGGCGACAAAAAGCCCAAAAAGCGCAAGCGCGCCGCGGCCACUGAAGACGAUGCGGGCGACGCCUCUGGCCCGCCCGCCAAAGCUCCCACCACCGCAUCUGACGCGCCCGCUUCCGAGGACGACGACUCAUGGGUGACGGCCGAGGCUGUGACCGACAUUGCCGGGCCGGUGACGAUCAUAUUGCCGACAGAGGACGUGUCCAGCCUGGGGAGCGACGCGAACGGCGUCGUGUUCGUGAGCAAGAUGGAGAACCUGGUGGACGGGGACCCGCUGACCGCGGAGCCGCAUGACGUGCGGCAGGUGUGGGUUGCGAACCGUGUAGCGGGAACGGAGGGGUUCAGCUUCAAGGGACAUCACGGGAAGUACCUCGGUUGCGACAAAUUCGGCAUCCUACAAGCAACGCGCGAAGCCAUCUCCCCCGAAGAGUCCUUCACCUGCAUCCCCGUGGCCGACAGCCCCGGCACCUUUGCCAUCCAAACCCAACGCGACAAGUUCGUCACCGUCGACGAGAGCAAGAGCGGCGCACCCGCCGUGCGCGGUGACGCCGAGAACAUUGAUUUCUGCUCGACGCUGCGCAUCCGCAUGCAGGCGCGCUUCAAGCCACGGCUGAAAGCUUCCAAAGAGCAAAAGGCUCUCGAAAAGAUCUCGCGCAAGGAGCUGGAGGAAAUGGUUGGCCGGAGGCUGGAGGAUGACGAGGUCAAGAAGUUGAAAAAGGCGAGACGGGAGGGCAAUUUUCAUGAGAUCAUGUUGGAUGUCAAGGUCAAAGGGAAGCAUGACAAGUUUGCGUGA